AUGUCGGGCGAUGUCAGCACAAACUAUACCGAGAACGCCAAUGGGACAUUCAACCUCUUCGUCAAGGGGAGAGAGACUCUGUUCAUCCCUACCAAUGGUCUGACCGGCUACAACCGGUUCAACAAUACUGCCUAUGGAAACCUCACUCUAUUAGCGGAUCAAACGUUGUGCAACCUCUCAACAUGCGAUCUUACACUCGCUACCUUUGACUACCGAGCCAGUCUGCCAGGAAACUCACUCUACGCCGCGAUCUUUGGAAUCUACCUCAUCAUGAACCUCUACCUUGGUGUGCGGCACAAGACAUGGGGAUACAUGAUAGCAAUGGUCGUUGGUCUCGUUGGCGAACUCAUCGGGUACGUCGGGCGGAUCCUGCUCUGGCAAAACCCCUUCGACCCCACCGGCAACGAUUUCCUCAUCUACAUCGUGUGCCUCACCAUCUCGCCCGCUCUCAUCUCAGCAGCCAUCUACCUCUGCCUCGCACGAAUCGUCGUCGUGUUCGGCGAAGACAUCUCGCGUUUCCGUCCACGAACAUAUACCCUCAUCUUCUGCAGCUGCGACCUCUUCUCUCUCGUCCUUCAAGCUCUAGGAGGCGGCAUGACCUCCAGCGCAAAAACAUACUCCGCCCAGCAAACCGGAAUCAACAUCAUGUUAGCAGGUCUCUCUGCCCAAGUCAUUUCGCUCUUCAUCUUCUCGGUCAUGGCUCUCGAAUACGCAUUCCGUCUCUACCGCAACCCAAUGUCAUGGGACACACGACACGCCGUUCUCUAUCAGAGCAAGCUCUUCCGCGCCUUCCUCUGGGGCCUUGCUCUCGCAACUCUCACCAUCUUCACACGUUCCAUCUUUCGUGUGGCUGAACUGUCGGGUGGCUUCCAUGGCUCACUGGCGAAUAAUGAGGUUUCGUUUAUGAUCUUGGAAGGGGCGAUGGUCACGAUUGCUUGCUCGUGCCUCACUCUUUUGCACCCUGGUAUCUCGUUCCAAGGACGUUGGCAAGCUGCUGAUUUCAAGUUUCGGGUGGCAAAGGCGGCUCGGGAUCUUGAGAAGACGACUCCUGCGGAUUCAGACGAGAGUCAAGAGCCUGCUGUUUUCCACGAGUCUAAUACCGUUAGGAAGUAA